GGCCACGGGCUGGCGGGUUGGGGUUCCGCGGAGGGCGGAGCACUGUGCUCGGGAUGAUCUAAGCUAUCCGGGAGCCGCCGCCGCCGCCGCCGCUUUGGCUUUGACUCCUCGUGCCCAGCUGCCGGGGAGGAGGGGACCCCGGCUGUGCUGCCUCGGUGACUGGCCCUGUAGCCGCCGAGCCCCAGCCCUUUUGUUUCAGAAUUGGGAAUUUGUACCAGGAACAGAUUUGACCCCUUGCUGUUCAGUAAGAAUUCUUCAAGGUCUGGAAGCUAUAGCAUUCUGAAGUGAGCAUCUGGUACUACUUCAGAGAAAAAGACUUAAGUGAUAUAUGUAUCCUUCUGUAAUGGAAGAUGAUUGAAAACAAAGGGCCUCGUGUGGCUGACUAUUUUGUUGUGGCAGGGUUGACUGAUAUUUCUAAGCCUCUUGAAGAGGAAAUUCACUUCAAUGAUGCAUGCCAUAAAAUAGCUAAACCAAAAGAACCUAUCACAGAUGUGACAGUUAUUAUUAAGUCUCUUGGGGAAGAAGUACCAAAGGGUUAUACAUGUAUUGAUGUUACCCCAGCUGGAUUGUCAGCAGAUCUCAAUAAUGGAAGCCUUGUUGGGCCACAGAUCUACCUUUGUUAUAGAAGAGGAAGAGAUAAGCCUCCACUCACUGAUUUGGGGGUCUUAUAUGACUGGAAAGAAAGAAUAAAACAAGGCUGUGAAAUUAUUCAGACUACUCCAUAUGGUCGCCCUGCAACUAUUAGUGGCAGUACCUCAUCACAAAGAAUUUAUGUCACUUACAGGAGGGCCUCUGAGAGCAUGACGCAAAAUACACUAGCUGUCACAGAUAUCUGUAUUAUCAUACCCAGUAAAGGAGAAAGUCCACCACAUACAUUUUGCAAAGUUGACAAGAAUCUCAAUAAUAGUAUGUGGGGAUCAGCAGUAUACUUAUGUUAUAAGAAGUCUGUGGCAAAGACUAAUACUAUAUCCUAUAAAGCUGGUUUAAUAUGCAGAUAUCCUGAAGAAGACUAUGAGUCAUUCCCAUUACCAGAAUCAGUUCCCCUCUUUUGUUUACCAAUGGGAGCAUCUAUUGAAUGUUGGCCAUCAAAUAGCAAAUACCCUCUUCCUGUUUUUUCUACAUUUGUAUUAACUGGAGCUUCUGCUGAAAAGGUCUAUGGUGCUGCUAUUCAGUUUUAUGAAUCAUACCCUGAAGAGAAUCUCACAGAAAAACAAAGAUUUCAUUUGGGAUUAACAUCUUCUACAGAGGAGAAAUCUGAUAGCUCUAAAACAGUUCACACUAAUAAAUGCAUAUGUCUUCUUUCUCACUGGCCUUUCUUUGAUGCCUUCAAGAAGUUUCUGACUUUUCUAUAUCGGUACUCCAUCUCUGGACCUCAUGUCCUUCCAAUUGAGAAACAUAUUUCACAUUUUAUGCACAAAGUUCCUUUUCCAUCUCCUCAGAGGCCACGGAUUUUAGUUCAGUUAUCACCACAUGAUAAUCUUAUUCUUAGUCAACCUGUAUCAUCACCUCUUCCUUUGAGUGGUGGCAGGUUUUCAACACUGCUACAAAACCUGGGUCCUGAAAAUGCUAUAACACUACUUGUGUUUGCAGUAACAGAACAUAAAAUUCUCAUCCAUUCCCUGCGGCCUUCUGUCCUGACUAGUGUGACAGAAGCCUUAGUUUCUAUGAUAUUUCCUUUCCACUGGCCAUGCCCAUAUGUUCCUCUUUGCCCAUUGGCUUUAGCGGAUGUUUUGAGUGCACCAUGUCCAUUCAUAGUAGGAAUUGAUUCAAGAUACUUUGAUCUCUACGAUCCACCGCCAGAUGUUAGUUGUGUUGACUUAGAUACCAACACCAUUUCUCAAACUGGAGACAAGAAGAAUGUAGCCUGGAAGAUACUUCCAAAGAAACCAUGCAAAAAUCUGAUGAACACAUUGAACAAUUUGCAUCAACAGCUGGCAAAAUUACAACAAAGACCCAGAGAAGAUGAAUUAAUGGAUCUAGCAAUGAAUGAUUAUGACUUUAACUCAGGAAAGAGAUUGCAUUUGAUAGAUAUGGAAAUCCAGGAGGCAUUUUUAGGCUUCAUGGCCUCCAUAUUAAAAGGUUACAGGUCAUACUUAAAGCCUAUAACACAAGCCCCAUCUGAGACAGCCACAGAUGCAAGUUCCCUUUUUGAGCUACAAGGGUUCUUAAAAAGCCGGGACCGUUCCCAUCAAAAAUUCUACAACAUGAUGACCAAAACACAGAUGUUUAUUCGUUUCAUUGAAGAAUGUUCCUUUGUCAGUGACAAAGAUGCAAGCCUUGCGUUUUUUGAUGAUUGUGUAGACAAAGUAGAUAUGGACAAAAAUGGUGAAAUGCGACUUAUAGAACUGGAUGAAUCCUUCAAAAGUGAACAUACUGUUUUUGUAACCCCACCUGAGAUCCCACAUCUACCCACUGGUGAAGAACACCCUUUACAAUACAGUUAUAAUGGAUUUCCUGUCCUGAAGAUAGAUUUAUUUGAAAGGCCAGAGGGAUUUCUACAAACACAAAAUAAUAAACUGGCCUCAAAAAACAGUAGUCCUAAUAGCCCUUCAACAAUGUUCAGAAGAACUAAACAGGAAAUCAAGUCAGCCCAUAAAAUAGCAAAGAGGUAUUCCUCCAUCCCUCAGAUGUGGUCCAGAUGUCUGUUACGUCAUUGUUAUGGCCUAUGGUUUAUUUGCCUCCCAGCAUAUGUGAAAGUAUGCCAUUCAAAAGUCAGAGCUCUGAAAACAGCAUAUGACGUACUUCGAAAAAUGCAUUCUAAAAAGAUUGAUCCUCCUGAUGAGGUCUGCUAUCGGGUUCUUAUGCAGCUGUGUGGCCAGUAUGGUCAGCCUGUUCUUGCAGUACGAGUACUUUUUGAAAUGAAAAAAGCUGGUGUUCACCCCAAUGCCAUUACUUAUGGUUAUUAUAAUAAGGCUGUUUUAGAAAGUACCUGGCCUUCAAGCAGUCGAAGUGGUUACUUUCUGUGGACUAAAAUAAGAAAUGUUGUUUUAGGAAUAGCACAAUUCAAAAAAGUUUUGAGAAAAAAUGCUCAUCUAUCACAUGCUCCUCUCUCAGCAGAUGGCAGUGACCUGGAUGCUGUUAGUCAUGGCAGCAUGGAUAGUUGUAAUGACACAAACACUGUGGAGCAGGCACCCUUCAACACUGAGUUAAUCAAAGUAGAUUCUACUGAUGAUAGAUCUAGUACAGGGGGUCAGUCAGAUCUUGGAUAUAAUUCAUUAUCUAAAGAUGAAGUUAGAAGAGGUGACACAUCUACCCAAAACUUAGAGGAAGAAAAAGAGGACAAGAAAGAGAGUGAUUGUAGUUCUUUGUCUGAGAAUGAGAGUGCAAAAGGAAGUGCUGAUUGCCUUCCUAAGCUCAAUUAUCAAAAUACAGACGAUAUAAAUCCUACAUCUAGUAUAGUUCGCCUCAGUGGUAUGAUUAGCCAUGCAGAUGAAAUAUCAGGUGGAAGCACAGAAGACACAUCUGAACUGCUAUUGAUAUCUUCUUUUGAAGAGACAAAUGAAACAGGAAAUAUUGAAAGAAGUUUUAGAAAAAGGCACAAAAAUGAGACAGAACCUACUUUGCAUGAACAGAUGUCUUGGGAAAACAGAAAUCAUAAUCUUAGUGGAGGUGUAUUAAUGGGACUCAUGAUCAAUAGGAUUAGCCAAGAAGAAAGCCCUGGAGAAAUGGUUGAAAAAUUAGGUGCCGAUGCAAAAAUUCUUUCAAAUGUUAUGCAGAAAAACCCAAGGCCAAAUACCCUGGAUAUUGGAAAUCCAUCUUUAAGAUCAAAAAGAGACAGUCUAGAAAAGGAAUCUAGUGAUGAUGACACACCUUUUGAGGGUACUAGCUGUUUGACAGAUAAAAUUGAUUCCCCUGUGAUUUUUGACUUAGAAGAUUUAGACAAUGAAGUGGAUACAUCAAAAACAAGGACCACCUCUACACAAAACCCUAAGAGGAUUGAACGAAUGAACAGCAGCUUUUCAAUAAAACCUAUUGAGAAAACUGAUGUUGCUGCUGGGUUUGAUCCACUAUCACUUUUAGCUGCUGAAACUGAGCAACAGCAGAAAGAGGUGGAAGAAGAUGAAGAAAAUGAUGAAAAAAGUAUUUCCACACCAUCAGCAAGAAGAGAUUUAGCAGAGGAAAUUGUGAUGUACAUGAAUAAUAUGAGCAGUCCUUUGACCAGCCGUACACCAAGCAUUGAUUUACAACGGGCUUGUGAGGACAAAUCCACAAAUAAGAAAAGCCCAACAGUAACUAAGCCAUGCCGAAGGUCUAGCCUUCCUCCUAUUUCUCCCAGACCAAUGCGUCUUACCAAAUCUAAAAGUUACUAUAUAAAAAAUGAAGAUAAACCCAGGGAUAGACUUUGGUCUUCUCCAACUUUCUCACCAACCUGUCCACUUAGGGAACAGUCUCAGGAUAUGGCUGGUACCUUAACUCUUGUUCCAUCACCUUCAUUUAAUUUAGAUACAUUAAUAACACCUAAAUUAGAUGUUCUAAAGAGUAGUGUAUUCUCUGCUGGGAAAGGUGUUGCAGAGAAGGCAAGCAAAUGGUAUACAAGAUUCACUAUGUAUACUACACCCUCCAAGGAUCAGAAUUCAGAUCGAACCAGUCUUUCUUCAGUUGGAGCCCUAGAUUCUGAAUCUACCUCUUUAACAGAUGAAGAAGCUUGCAGUGAAUUUGAAGGAAUGCCUUCCCCUCAAGAGAAUAAUGUCACAUCAGAGACAAAGGGAAUUGGACUUAGUCGAUCAAGUCUAGAAAGUACUGCCUCUUGUGAGGGUCCCUUGUCAAAGUUCGUUUUACCUGGAAAAUCAGAAUUGGCAUCUUCUUGCAGCACAAGUAGUACAAAUAUCUUCCAGAACUAUGCUAUGGAGGUUCUCAUAUCAAGCUGUUCAAGAUGUCGAACUUGUGACUGCCUUGUACACGAUGAAGAAAUCAUGGCUGGUUGGACAGCAGAUGAUUCAAAUCUCAAUACCACAUGCCCUUUUUGUGGAAAUCUUUUCUUACCCUUUCUAAAUAUUGAAAUAAGAGAUUUGCGACGACCUGGCAGGUAUUUUUUAAAGUCUAGCCCUUCUACUGAGAACAUGCAUUUUCCAUCAUCAUAUUCAAAUAAAACAAGGAAGUCCUACAUUUCUUCAUCAGCCUCAGGCGUUGCUAUUUCUGCUCAAGAGAAUUUUAAUGCAAAUAGCAAAUCUAAAGAGCAAGAAAAUUCAUGUGCCCGAAGUAUUCAAAUCCCUGAAGGAAGGAGACAAAAUAUGAGUACAUCAAAAUGUCCAAUAUUUCCCGUGGCCAGGAGCAUUAGUACUUAUGGCCCCUUAGACAAGGAAGAAACAAGAGGCCAGAAGAUUGGCCACAUUGUGUCUACAGGUAGUCUGCCAGCAACUUUGCAAGGAACAACGGAUUCACUGGGAUUAGAGUGGGACCUUCCAAGUCCAGACCCUAUUACUGUCCCAUAUCUCAGUCCAUUAGUGGUAUGGAAAGAACUUGAAAGUUUGUUGGAAAAUGAAGGUGAUAAUGCAAUAACCGUGGCAGACUUUGUGGACCAUCACCCGAUUGUAUUUUGGAAUCUAGUGUGGUAUUUUAGGCGGCUGGACUUACCUAGUAAUUUGCCUGGAUUGAUUUUGACUUCUGAACAUUGUAAUAAGUAUUCUAAGAUUCCCCGUCACUAUAUGUCAGAAGACAGUAAAUAUGUUUUAAUUCAGAUGUUAUGGGACAACAUGAAAUUACACCAGGAUCCAGGACAACCCUUAUACAUCCUCUGGAAUGCACAGAGUCAAAAUCGUACUCUUUUGUUUGAGACCCAAAAGUAUCCAGUGGUCCAUUUAUUACAAAAAGGUGAUAAUUCCUUUAAUCAAGAACUGUUGAAAAGCAUGGUUAAAAGUAUUAAGAUGAAUGAUGUUUAUGGACCAAUGAGUCAGAUUUUGGAGAUACUGAACAAAUGGCCUCAUCUUAAACGACAGAGGAGUUUAUACAGGGAAAUACUAUUUCUCUCACUUGUGGCAUUAGGAAGAGACAACAUUGACAUAGAUGCAUUUGACAGAGAAUAUAAGAUGGCAUAUGAUCGUCUUACACCUAAUCAAGUCAAGAGUACCUACAACUGCGAUAGACCACCAAGCACAGGAGUGAUGGAAUGUCGAAAAAUUUUUGGAGAACCUUACCUUUAAAAUAAAUUUAUGUGUACAUAUUUACAUAAAUAUGUGUGUAUUGCAUAUAUACACACACUAUAUGUUUUGUACAGUCUAUGUAAAAAUUACCACUUCAGUCUCUAAGAAAAUUUCUAUCUUUGUUUUUUUUUUUUGAAAAUGUAUUUGCAGCAGAGUUAGAAAGCCCUGAUAAACUACAAAUCUUUUAGUAAAAGACUAGUAACAAGUGGGCUACACACUGCUUUGCUUCCUGGUCCUUUUAUUGUUCCCCUCUAUAAAGAAUUUCAUGGUGGGGAAAAACUGUAAUUAAAAGUACUUGUCUUAAAAGAAGACAGUCUUUUGGAAAACAGUGAUUAAAAUCAUGUAUGAAUACUAAUAAGUAACAUAAAAUUAAAGGAUCUGCUGUUUACAUAGAUUAUUCAGAUGUUGUAAAGAACACAAAGUUGUAUAAUACAUGUUUUAAAUUGUUUAUAGUAAGUUCAUAUUUUUUUAAUUUUUUAAAAUUAAUAUAGAAAACUUAAAAUGAACUUAAACUUUAAAUGAGCAAUUUAGUGCUCUUCCUUCUAAGUCUGCUGCUAUUUGGAACAAACAGUCCAACCUAUUUUCAAUUUGAAAAGAGGGGUGUAAGAAAGAAGGGAGGACACACAAAUGGUCAAAAAAAAUGCCAACAGUGGCCCUAACAUUGUCCUGGGUUCAGUUUGCAUUUGCACAUCAGGAAGCCAUAAGUUUAAAAGUGUAUACAUAUAUAUAAAAUAUAUAAAUUGUAGAGUGAUAUACCCCACACACUGCCAAGAUUGGCACACUGACAAUCUUGAGAGUAGUAGAAGUCCCAAAUAUAAUUCUCCAGUACUUUCUAAACUCAGGCUCAAUAUACAGUGAAGAAUCCAGCACUUUUUUGUUGUUAUUGCUAAUGGCACUUAUAUAGAGUACAUUGGGUUGGGGGGAGGACUUGCAAAAUAAAACAUAAAUUUUAUAAAUAUACAUAAUGGUGUACAUUCCAAGUGACACUACUACAAAAUUUUAUCCUGAUUUUAAGGUGGAAGUAACAAUUAUGGCAGAUAUAUUCCAGAUUUAUCAUGCAACACAAUCCGCUGUGCUACAUGAUAAUUAUAAGGAUCGCAAUCAGGACAUUACAUUUAGAAUUAUAUUUAAAAUGUAUUUUUAUUUUACAUGGAGCAAAAUAUUCAUUUUCUAAGGGAUAUAUUAUAGAAUAGAUCUUCCAUAUUAAAUUAUGUAGCUUUUGAAAUAAGCCAUCAACAUCUACAAAUUAUGGAAACUAAACAAGCUGAAUGUUUGUUCAGAGAUAUUUAAAAUGAGUUUUUUUUUUGUUUUGUUUUAAACACUUAGUUGUGCUUCUCUAUUCAGUGUUCUUCAGGUUAUUUCUUUCAAGGAGAAACAGUAUCCCUUGUUGCCAUUAGUUCAUUGAUUUUCAUUGUUUGGAUUUGUGUCUAUGUGUUGUCAUUAACAAAAGAAAAUUGCCUACAUAAUGUGAUGAGAUGGACCAAGGAAAUGAUCCAAAGUUUGUGUGUAUGUAUGUGUGUGUGUGUGUGUGUGUGUGUGUGUGUGUGUGUGUUUGUGUGUGUGUAGCAAUUUGUAGACCAGGACAAGAUAAUACCUUCACUGGAAUAUAACUAAAAGUCCCAUCAUUCCUUUCCAAAAUCAUUUCAUCUACAAAUAGAUCUCAUUGUAAACUUGAGCCACUAGUGAAUGAUAACAACUUGAAGAAUUUUAGUUUUCCUUUUAGGGAAAUAAUCAGCAAGAAAUAUAUGUAAUGCUCCUUACUCAGGCUUAUAUGACGCUCUCUUUUUUCACCAUCACAAUUUCUAUUCCCAACUAAGUAUAAACUUCUCAUACUCUGUAUUCUAUUCUUUAAUUCACUAAUAAAUUUGAAAAUGUUUAUCAGUAAGCUUAGGAGACAUUAUGUUGAAUAGCUAUGAGAUUGAGCAUCAGUAAUUAAUUUACCCCAAGUUACUUUUGUAAUAAGGUUCUUAAGUAUUGUUUUUAUUUUCCCUGUAAAAGCCUCUCUCGUGGCUAUUUACUUUUUUUCUUAACUACUCAUAUAUUUUACAUUCUUAUAUAAAUCUAAAUGUCCUAAUCUUACAAUCCAGGCUUACUUGGAAAGUGGUUGUUUAUUUUGUCUGGAUUCUGUUCCUAGUAUUUGGAUCAGUUUUUUUUUAAUUAAUUCUAUAUAAGUAUUUUUCUAGAUUUUAUUUUUUGCAUAUAGUGAUGGGAAAUUAAGUCAGAAGAACUGUGAGGAAAACUCCCUUUUUGCCACAGGUACUGUGCUUGCUUUAUAUGAUAGAAUAAACAAAAAUGGAUAGUUGAAGUUCCUAUCCCAUUUGGCACAUCUCAUUUUAGAAUGCUUGGUUUUGUUUAGACUUGGAAAUUGUUGACAUUAAAUAACAACCAUACUACUUGCUCAUGUAAGGUAUAUGUUACUUCCACUGUUUUAAAAAUUACCUAUCCAUUACUAUUUGUUAGUUUUUAUAAUAUGUUAUAUUUCAAUUAUCUUCCUUUUCUUUCUCACCUACAGAAUUGAGUAGAUAUGUUUAUUUUUCUGAUUCACUUUAGCUGUGGCCUAAAAAAAUGAUCCCUGAAAAUAUCAGUAUCCUGUAUCAAGUAGCUAAUAAUGCUUCUUUCCAAAGUAUUUUGAUAAUCACUAUGAAAUCUGAGAAUAAUAAGAAAGUGCUUUAUUCUUCCUCUUAACAAAGACUACCUUGUAUUUUUGUCAUAUAGUCCUGUGAUCCCAUUUAAGAAAGUACCUAUUUGUUUUUGCACCAGACCACACUGCAUGAAGCUUCAUUUUUAUUUUUAUGUGAAUAUAUUCUUGGGUGCUUCCAUCCAGUUCAUUUAUCUCAGGCCAAGAAGGGAAAGUCUUCUUUGGAGUGGUUCAAUGAUAUUUGUGCUGAAAGUCAAGGUAGAUUUUGCCCGCAUGUAGCCUUCUUCAUUUCCUAAACUUCUAUUUUCUUAUUUAGCAGCUGCCCUUCAAUAAUAAUCUUAGUAUCCUCAGAAUAUUAUGUCCUCUGAUUAUUCUGUAAUACCCACUUCUGCCCACAAAGCAAAUAUGUCCCUGGGUUAAUCCUAUUGGAAGUGUUAAAUAGAAAUUUUAUGAAGGCCACAUCAAUAAAUAUUUCCAAAUAUCUGCUUGAUGAUAAAAAUGCUAUCAUAUGCUUUUCAACACUUGUAACAAAAAAAAAAAACCCUAUAAAGCAAGUAUAUUUUUAGUUUGAAGUACAUUUUUUCCUAUGUACCUGAAAUAUCUUGAACAGUCUAAAUUAGAGUUUAGGUUUUCAAUACAUUGCAAGUCAGAACAGUGAUACCAAGAAAAUGCAACCAUAGGUAGGAUGAACAUAAGUAAGCAAAAAUAAUCCCAGAACUCAUCAUCAUCUAAGUAAUUUCAAAAUGCAAUAAUCAUAAAUCUCUUAAGUUGGAUGAUUCCUUAAAAUUCUCAAUAUAAUAUCGAUACUGGCCAAGAAGUUAUCCCUGAGAAAUAAAUGAAUUGCUUUUGCAUAUCAAAUCUUUACCAUAUGGUACAUGUUGAUUUAGAUUAACAUUUCUAGUUAUUAUCUUUGGGAUUUUUAAAUGGUACUUUGUUACCUCCAAAACUGCACUUUUUUAAUGAGUGGUUGUAGAUUUGUAAAUAUGUAACACUGAAAUUUUAUUUACCAAAAAGAAUAUCAGGAAGUUCAUUGUUUUGUUUUAUAAUUCAUUUAAAAUAUAUCUGAUCAAUGUUCAUGAUAAACAUUUUUCUCUUGUCUCUGGAAAAAUGGAAAUUCUGUUCAGUUUUACAAUGUAAAAUAAAAAGAUUUA